GAUUAGUUUUCUUUUGAACAUUCGAUGUUAAACUGUAAAGAAAAACACUUGAAUUUUAAAAUGAGAUUUACCUCGGUGUAAUUAUAUUUGAUUGAAGUUUGGCAGUCUUGGCACCACUGUAUCAAAGAGAGAAUUAGUUAAUAAAGAAACAUUGUACACGACGGUCAUGUUUCAUUUGCGGUCCGAAGUAUAAACUCCAUUCCUAACGCGUUUUGAGCUAUCGUUGGACAUUCAUUUUGGUCCGUUUCGACCGGAUUUUCUGGAAUGGAAGUUUAAUCGCGCCGUGUUGAGAAUUUCGGUCGUGAUCGAUACCGCGUCAAAUUGUGCGUUUGAUGUCGGAUAUUUCGUGGAUGGGUUACGCCUCCACAAAGUUUUUGCAUUCGUGGAACGAUUUCGCGAAAUCGCCAUUUUGGUGGAAGUGAAGGUGUGGUAGCGCCCGGCGCAAUACCGUACCGGAAGCUCGGCGAAAGUGUCCGUGGCACAGUUCGCCGCCAUCUUGACGAAAGGAAGUUGAAUUUUCGAAACCUCAUGGGCUUGGCACGACGUGCUGCUGGCUCACUACUACAGUGAAACAAAAACGUGUCCGUGACACAUGUAUUAGUGAUUGCCGUCGGGCGAGGAGAAAGUCUAGUGUGGGAUUUUUGGAAUCGUAUUCCAAAGAGUGUUUGUGAAAGCUGUCCUUCGCCGUGCGAAGCAUUCAGCAAUUACAGUGUGUGCAUGCCCGAGCGGCUAGUAGAGCAGUGUCGCCAUGCCAGCUGUGCGUGACUCGUGAUCGGUGCUCUUCGCGUCGAGUGACUUGCACAACGGUGUGCGUGUAUUUGUGCCCCAGCGGCAUGAAAAAGUGGCCAAGCCACGAAGAAGCAAAAAUUGACUAGUGAUAGUGACGGGCUGGCCUCACCGUGUGAGCAGCAAACGUAAACAAAAGUGUGAGUGAAUGUCGGAGUCUGAGACACCGCGAGUGGUGGUUCCAAUACCACGAAGAAAUAUAUUGAGUGCUUUGACGGGUGACGACGACAGGAACCAAGUUCCGACGAUUGCCCAGCAAAAAAUCGCGAAGCAAGCUGCAGAGCAACGAAGAAUUAUGGAGCAGAAAUUGGAGCCGUUGAGUGAUCGGCGUAAUUUGCUGAUCGAGAAGCUGCUCCGGAUCAACGAAAGUGUGAAGCAGGACGACGUCAACAUUCACCUUCUACGACUGCAUCUGGACACGCUACGUAGGUGUUCGGAUGAAUAUGAGAAAAUACACUCCGAAAUGUCUGUGAUCAUUCCGAAGGAGAAUCGCGAGGAGCAUCGGCAGGAGUAUGUGAAGUUUGAACGAAUGCACGACCAACUGUACGUUGUUGUGCAGACGAAGAUAGCAAAGUUCGGAGAAGCAGAAGCGAAACCGCCUAGCGCGGUGUUCCCGGCCGUCCCGCAGCCGGUGUAUGUUCAAGCUCCAGCGCCACAACUACACGCCCCGUUCCCUCGGUUCAAUGGGGAUCCUGUGAAUUGGUACAGCUUCAAAAGCCUGUUCCAAAGCAUAAUGAGUAAGUACCCACAGGAAACACCAGCGAUGAAAAUUUUGCAUCUGCGAAAUUCAUUGGAUGGUGAUGCAAAAGACAAAAUUGAUCAGGAGGUCAUCAAUAGUAAUGACUACAGCCUGGCUUGGAACAUACUGGAGAACGCAUACGAAGAUAAGCGUUUGAUUAUGGAUACGCAUAUUGAUGCUAUCCUCGACAUCCCCAAGGUAACCAAGGACAACCGAGGUAAGUCAAUCACAAAACUUGUUGAUAUCUGCACCAAACAUACGGAAGCGCUCAGUAGCCAUGGAUUCAAGGUCGAGGGAUUGGCUGAGCUGCUUCUUGUCAAUGUUUUCUACAAGAAGUUGGACAGGGAAACCCAAGAGCAAUGGGAAUUGGAGCUAGGGGCAGGAGACUUACCCGUGUUUAGUGAGUUUAUGGAUUUCCUCCGGGAACGGGGACGUGUUCUGGUGCGGACCAGUCACUCGCAACACCAAGGGCCCCAGCAGGGAGCAGUUCAGUCCCAGUCCAAGCAACGGCAACCGUUCAGUCAGCGCCCUACUUUGCAAAAUGCCUCAAAGUCUUUCGUCCAAACUACCAAGGAAAGCUGUCCCUGUUGCAAAUCCGAUCAUUCUAUCUACCGAUGUUCUAAGUUUCAAAACCAGUCCACCUCGGAGCGGAAGUCUGUAGUAACCAAAUCAAAUUUGUGCUACAAUUGCUUGAAGGGUAAUCACCGUGUUCUCGAUUGUCCUUCGGAUCAUGUCUGCAAGGUUCAGGGUUGUGGCCGUAAACACCAUAGCUUACUACAUCCUAGCAACAAUACGGAUGGUUCCACUGCUACGAAAUCGACGAAGGUUGCAGAUCCGAAGACAAAUCAACAGCAGACAGUCCCGGACCGCGCCCAGCCUGAAGACACCAUUGUUCCAGAUGCACCGAGCGCGAAUACAUUGUGUGGUCACACCGUGGCAGUCAAGCGGCACGUAUUGCUUUCUACAGCGGAAGUUUUUGUGACGGGAUAUGGAGGCAGUACCAUUAAAUCUCGAGCCUUGCUGGAUUCCGGUUCAGACAGCCACAUUAUCACGGAAAGGUUGGCCAGUCAGCUGAAACUCAAGUUAGAACGAAUCGAUCUCCCAAUCAAUGGUCUGAAUGACAUUCAAACCAACGUGAAACAUCUGGUGUCUACUACGAUCCGCUCUCGCUUCGAUACAAAAUCACGAUACGAUUUGGAUUUUUUGGUUGUUCCCCGAGUCACGUCCAACAUACCAGCGGUUGAAAUAGAUGUUUCCUCUUUGUCGCUCCCAUCCACUCUGCCGUUAGCCGACUCUUCGUUCCACACUCCAGGAGAAAUCGACCUGAUACUCGGAAACGAAAUAUUCUUUGACCUCGUCAAAGGCGGUCAAGUAAAGCUUGGAAAUAGCUCUGCGGUAUUGGUGGAAACCGAACUAGGAUGGGUAGUAGCAGGUUCAGUUCACACUCGAAAUCCCAAACAGUUCUCUCGUGUGUGCCAAUUCAAUCGCUUUGAGGAAGAGCUUAACCGAACACUGACGAAGUUUUGGGAAGUUGAGUCCGUUCCAUCAGAGGGUAUGCUUACUAAAACGGAAACUGACGUGGAGGAACACUUCAACCAGACCCAUAACCGGGACGAGCAGGGCCGUUAUCAAGUACGGCUCCCCUUCAACGAACUCAAGGAUAGGCUUGGUGAUUCGUACGAACUUGCCAAGAAACGCUUCGAUCGACUGAAGGUUGCACUAGAUAGGAACCCGGACAAGCGCGAGCAGUAUGAGCAAUUCAUGGCUGAAUAUGAACAACUAGGACACAUGAAGGAGGUGGAAAGUGUGGAUGAGAAAGGAUACUAUAUUCCACAUCACGCGGUCUACAAAGCGACUAGUUCCACUACGAAAACUCGUGUCGUUUUUGACGCGUCAGCAAAAACUACUUCAGGUGUUUCGCUGAACGAUACUAUCUCAGUAGGUCCUACCGUACAGAGUGAUCUGCUGACGAUAAUUUUGCGCUUUUGUACACACGAGGUGGUUCUGACGGCGGACAUCCCCAAGAUGUACCGCCAAAUUCGAAUGUAUCCAGAAGACUGUCGCUUCCAACGGAUUCUGUGGAGGAACGCCAACGGAGAAGAACCAACGUUCGAGCUUCAAACGGUGACGUAUGGGGUAGCAAGUUCACCUCAUCACGCUACUCGGGCACUCAUGCAGCUGACAAGGGACGAAGGACAGGAAUUUCCCCUGGCUGCGAACGUAAUAGAGAAAGACAGCUACAUCGAUGACUUCCUGACCGGAGGAGAGUCCGUCGAAACUGUCAUCACCGUAUAUCAUCAAUUGUCAGCGUUGUUAGCGAAGGGUGGAAUCGGAGUCCACAAAUUUUGCUCGAACAGCCCCGACGUACUGAACGUGAUUCCGGAACAUCUACACGAGAAGCAAGUCAACUUCGAGGAAGGUGGCGUAAACGAUACUAUCAAGGCAUUGGGGCUCAUCUGGAACCCAACGGAUGACUAUUUCGGCUUUCACGUGAAUCGAUCGGAAAACAGGAUUUCCACUACAAAGCGAACCGUGUUGUCGGACAUUGGACGUUUGUUCGACCCUCUCGGGUUUCUUGGCCCAAUCAUGACCACGGCCAAGUUGCUCAUGCAAGAUGUAUGGCGUAUCGGAUUGGACUGGGAUGAAGCACUACCGGACGAAUUACUGCAGAGUUGGAGAAGUUUCCAGGAACAGCUGCCGUCUGUCAACCAGAUUAGGAAGCGGCGGCUUGUGAUACCAGCAGGAUCAAGAAGAGUCGAGUUGCAUGGCUUUUCAGACGCUUCAAUGCGGGCGUACGGAGCGGUACUGUAUAUCAGGUCUAUCGCCGAAGAUGGAUCAGUCAACGUCGACCUCGUCGCAAGCAAAUCACGAGUGGCGCCGUUGAAGUCUUUAACAAUCCCGAGAUUGGAACUCUGUGGUGCACGGCUACUUGCGGAGCUGACAGGAAAGGUGGUAUCGGCGAUGAAUGUGCAGUUCGACGAAGUGAAGCUAUGGUGUGAUUCUCAGAUUGUCCUAUGCUGGCUCAAGAAAUCACCGGCAGCAUUGAACGUGUUUGUCGCAAACCGUGUCGCAGCUAUUUUGGAAUCAACGAAUAUCCACCAGUGGCAGUAUGUUCGGUCGGAAUGCAACCCGGCUGACGUUAUAUCCAGGGGCGAGUAUCCGGAGAAUUUGCUGCAGAACAAGCUCUGGUGGACCGGAUCACCAUUAUUGUGGCAACCGUAUGUGAAGGCAGCCGCUCCUAAACCUUUGGACGAGUCAGCGAUACCGGAACUGAAACAAGCAAAGGUUCUGACGACUACCAGUGCUAAACCUAACGACCAGUUCAACAGGAUGAGUCACUACCGCAAGCUGCUACGAGCUUGGGUGUAUGUCCGGCGAUUCUUAACUCCAAGACGCACACACCCGCUGAGCACACCAAUCACAGCAGAUGAAGUGUUCGUUGCAGAAAGUGCGGUUAUACGUAUGCUACAGGAGGAAGUGUUUGGCGAUCUUCUGCGCACCCUUCAGCACACGCCGGUCAAGCGCCACAAUCUCAGCAACCUUGCACCGUUUGUGGCAGAAGAUGGACUGAUUCGAGUUGGAGGUCGCCUCAAAUAUUCUGCCAUCCCUUACGAUGGAAAACAUCAGGUGCUCCUGCCAGAGAAGCACCACCUGACAGUUAUCCUCCUCAGAAGACUCCACGAAGAUCACUCCCACGUUGGCCCCAACGGUUUGUUGGCCAUCGUACGUGAACGGUAUUGGCCACUGCGCGCGAAAACAGCAAUCAAGAAGAUCAUUGCAUCAUGCCAACUUUGUGCUAAGCAUCGUCCUGUCCUCGGCAGUCAACUAAUGGGAAAUCUUCCAGAACCACGCGUGAAUCCGGCGCCUGUGUUUUCCAAGGUAGGUGUUGACUACGCGGGACCCUUCCAGCUGAGAUUGAGCCUUAGAAGUCCAAAGACAUACAAGGCAUACGUACUGGUGUUCAUCUGUAUGGCAGUCAAGGCAAUUCACAUGGAGUUGGUGUCAAGCUUGACAACUGAACAUUUCAUCGCUGCUCUACAUCGUUUUGCCAGCCGUCGUGGAUUGCCUAGUGACGUGUUUUCGGACAAUGGGACGUCAUUCGUGGGAGCGAACCACGAAUUAGCAGCUCUACGAGAACUUUUCGAGGAAGAACAGCAUCGGCGGAAGCUGGCGGAGUUUUGUUCGUCCAAGGGCAUACGUUGGCACUUCAUUCCCCCACGAAGCCCACACUUCGGGGGAGUGUGGGAAGCAGGUGUAAAAUCCAUGAAGUUCCACUUCAAACGAGUCAUCGGUGAAACACGCUUAACAUAUGAGGAAAUGACCACGUUUUUGGCACAAACGGAGGCAAUAUUAAACUCUCGUCCCUUGUGCCCACUUUCGGAUGACCCGAACGAUACUACGAUACUCACGCCAUCUCACUUCCUCAUUGGCCGGUCUGCGGUGGCACUCCCGGAGCCUUCGUACACCGACGAGAAAGUAGGAAGACUGAGCAGAUACGAGCACCUUCAGCAGAUGAUGCAGCACUUGUGGGGAAGAUGGUCAUCCGAGUAUCUUCACCACCUUCAGACAAGGCAGAAGUGGCACACUGGGGACGUCAAACACUUCAAAGUUGGUGCUCUAGUGCUGUUACUUGAUGAGAAUCUACCACCUCAACAGUGGCGUCGUGGUCGUAUCAUUGCGACACAUCCAGGAGGAGAUGGAGCAAUACGAGUGGUCACCGUCAAGACUACAUCUGGCGAGUUUAAACGGUCGGUGACAAAGAUCGCAGUGCUGCCUUCGGUUGAGUCUGCUGACUCAACGGGGGGUGAAUGAACGAUUAGUUUUCUUUUGAACAUUCGAUGUUAAACUGUAAAGAAAAACACUUGAAUUUUAAAAUGAGAUUUACCUCGGUGUAAUUAUAUUUGAUUGAAGUUUGGCAGUCUUGGCACCACUGUAUCAAAGAGAGAAUUAGUUAAUAAAGAAACAUUGUACACGA